AAAACAUUUCAUCGCAUGCACUGCAAAGUUUGAAGGAGAGGCGAUACAAUGCGACAGAGCUAUUCGGUCCCUGUCACCACUGGAAAAGCGGCUUCUUAAAAGUCUCGAUAUGGUCCAUCUUCCUGGCAAACGAGAUCGGAAAGUUCCACUACUUCUUAAACAAGAAUGGGUGAAACCAAUGCUGUUGCUUGUAGAAAAAAGGGCUGAUUGUGGUGUUGAAAGCGAAUACUACUUUGGUGUGCCUGGAAGGAAAACCCACUUGUCACCAUGGAAGGUGUUAAAUGAUGCUGCAAUUAAUGCAGAUUGCAAACGCCCAGACUUGAUUUCAACCACACGCCUGCGGAAAUAUACAGCAACGGUUACCCAGGUCCUUGGUCUGAAGGAAGGAGAACUUGAAUGGUUGUCAAAUCACAUGGGCCACACCGCUGAUAUACACCGACAGUCAUAUAGAUUACAUGAAAGCACCAUUGAAAUGGCCAAGGUAUCGAAAAUUUUAUUGGCAAUAGACAGUGGCAAUGUUGGUAGAUUCCAAGGAAAGUCUCUGAGUGACAUUGACCUCGACCAAAUUGAACUGCCUGAUGAGAUUUAUGCAGAGGAAGAUGACAAAGACGUCAGUGGGGAUAAUGCUAAUGAGGAAUACGCCAUGGAUGAUGUCGGUGACAAGACACAGGGAGGAAAAGGACAGAUGAAUCCAAUGGAAGGAACUACAAGAAAAACCAAGAAACUUAGGGGGAUGAAGAAUGAUGCGCAAACCUCUGAGGUAGUAAGAAAAGUUCGAGUUAAACAGAUGAUUGUGAAUAAAAUUAAAAGGAAAAGUAAGGGGCAAGAGGAAUGUGGACAAGAUAACAGGAUUGUUGCCGAAUUGUCUCCUCCAAAACGACCAAGACGAAAGGUAAAAAAGGUUGUUUCAUUAGAACCAGAGAGUGAUGACCUCGAUGAUUCUUUCUUAGAUAAAGAUUACGAGAAUAAAUCAUCAUCUGAACCUGAAACAGACUCAGGAAAUGAAAGCCUUGUGCAACCAAAACCGUCCUUGGUAAAACAGAAAAGUAAGAAAUCCCAGCCAGUAGUAAAAUUGAAAUGGUCUAAUGAGGAAUUAAGAGCUGUUGAGGAAGGGUUUCAGAGGAAUAUUUUAAAUAAAAGAAUUCCUCGUAAAGGUGACAUCGAGAGAGUUGUCAACAAAUUGCCUGUUCUAAAUAAACGAUCUACUGCCCAGAUUAAGAGCAAAGUGCAACACCUCAUCAACAGGGGUGAAAAUAUUAAGAAUACUUCAUUCCGUAAAGCAUCGGAGAAGUGUUAACUAAUUUGCAUAGAAUAUCGAAUCAACAAAUCCAUUUCGGAUGGUAGAACUAUGCGUGUGAAAAUAUGGGCGUAACAUAGUUAUGGUGCUCAUGAAAUUCGUAAUGUUAUUGUUACUACUGUGUCGUCGCUAUUUAGUAUGUUGAGGGGCACCUGUAAAUUCGAACCCGAAUUCAUACAUGGUGUUCUUCAUUAUUCAGUUUUUAUUUCUUUCAUUAUUCAUUAUAGAUUCAGCAUUUAGCAUUGAGUAUUCAUACUAUUUAUUAUUCAUUACGAUUGGUUUCUUUUGAACCACAUUGAUAAUGUCCACGUGCAUGGUGCAUGUGGUACAGAGCACGAUCAAUUUUGUUAACAUUAUUAUUGUACAGCCCAUAAUAGAACAAGAAAACAAUUAUGCAAUCAUCAAUGUAGGCGUUUAUGCGGCGGGCAGAAAAUGCAUGCUGCAUGCCGUCUGCAGACUGGGGGUUUUCUCAUGAGUCAAUAGAAUCUAAGGUCUGGAAUUAGGGGACCAUAUCAGCAGUUGCUUUCAGCCAACUUCUGUAUUAAAAUUAGAUCUGGAAUUAGGGGACCAUCUCAACAGUUGCCAUGUGAUUUUCACACUAAAAAAUAAGAGACCAUUUCAGGUAUAUGCCAAACGGUAGAACAACGAUUAUCUAGGCCGUUGUGCAAACAGGCUUUGCGAUACACCACGAGUUGGGGUGUACGCCUAAAUUCCUUUAACUGUGAUCAAGUGCAUCCACUGGCACGCUACAUGUAUGUGUGACUCGCACGGAUUUAGCACGUAGGGCCUACAUGAUGCUAAUCAGCCAGGAUGUAUCUUGUGACCAGGACUGUAGUAAUAAACAUUUGCCUGAAAACAUUUUUUAUUUGGCCUAACAACACCUGUUUAGAAUGUCAAAGAGGCCGGUAUUUUCACUUAACAUCAAGAGACAGAGGAGAACUGUCAAGGUGGGUGUUUGAUAUACAAUGGUUUUCUGUUCCCUGGGUUUCUUCAUUCUGUUAUCUUUAAUUAUAUUUACCCAUGUCAUUCAGCACUUUUUAUCAUGAAAUGCUGCCUUUGAAACGAACCCAACCUUGCCGGCCAAUCAACCAGGCGCACGAGGCACAACAGGCCGAUACAAUAUACAUGUUCUGUAUUAAGUACGUCAUCUGUCAUGCACACCCAAAAAAAAUCUUCCUGCAAGAUGAUUCACAGGUAAUUCAAAUAUAAGAAAACAAACUUUGAAAAAAGUUGGCGCAAAGCAACUACUGAUAUGGUCCCCUA